AUGGCGCUUCCACAGCACGUGGUGUUGGCUUCAAGGAGGACUACCAUGAUGGAUGCUCUGGGUCGGGCAGAGGAAUUUAUUCUACACUACGACGAACAACGAGACCAAGCACAGGUGCCAAUUCGACUUGAAUACCUCAACAACAUGUGGGCUACUCUGGAGGAGGUGCAGGCGCAACUGGAGGAUCUUGAGCAGACUGAGGAGGGUAGGCAAAUCAACCGUGAAAUUCGUGCCGACUUUGAGCCUCGACUGUUCAGAAUUAAAGCUGAUUUGAGCUCUAAAUUAAAUGUUAUUCACCAAGCUUCUCGAAUCCCUGAAUCUGGUUCGCAUGCUUCCGCUCUCUCUGGGUUGAAAUUGCCAACGAUCUCCCUUCCAGAAUUUAACGGAGAUUACAUGCAGUGGUUAGGGUUUCACGACACUUUUCUGGCAUUAAUCCAUUCGAACUCCGACGUUUCCGCUAUCCAAAAGUUCCACUAUUUAAGAGCGGCACUGAAGGGUGAGGCGGCACAGCUGAUUGAAUCAAUCGCAAUCAGCUCCGCGAACUAUAAUUUGGCUUGGCAAACUCUUGUCGACAGAUACGCUAAUGAAUACCUCUUGAAGAAGAGGCACCUUCAAGCUCUUUUUGACAUCCACUCGGCGAAGAAGGAAACAGCUGCAUCAUUACAUGCGCUGGUGGACGAAUUCCAACGACACACCAAGGUCUUGUGUCAAUUAGGAGAACCGACGAAUUAUUGGAGCAGCAUUCUCGAGCACCUCUUGUGCACGAAACUUCCCGACGACACCCUCAAAGCGUGGGAAGAUCACGCAUCGACCAACAACCACGCAAACUACGAUUGUCUGAUCGAAUUCCUUCAGCGUCGAAUGCGAGUUUUGGAAUCGAUUCUAGUGAAUCAUCAUCAGUUAGCAUCCACCUCGUCUGGGCCCUCGCCUGCUUCUAAACGACCAUCUCAUUUCCGCUUGUCAUCGUGUGCUUCCACUUCCAACUCUGCCAAUCAGUGUCCGGCAUGCAACCAGGAACAUCAGUUGAUGAAAUGUUCAAAGUUCAUCCGCUUCUCUAAUUCCGAACGACAACAACUCGUCUCGAAUAAGCGUCUCUGUCAUAAUUGUCUGAAAGGUGAUCACAUCGCUCGUCACUGUCCGUCACAUUUCAACUGCAAGCAUUGCAACAAGCGUCAUCACAGCUUGCUGCACUCCAACGCGGCUUUGAGGUCAAACAACGAAACAUCCUCUGCUCGUACUUCCAUGUCGACUCAAGCAGUGAAGUCCAGUACGCGCCCUACGAUAGAAUUGAAUCCCGCUACUUCCGCUUCAGAAACUGAAAUUGUUCCCCGGGUUGUUGCCAGUGCAGCUGCUCCACAGCUUCGUGAGGAUGUAUUUCUUUUGACGGUAUUGGUGAAGAUCGUCGAUGCGUACGGUCAGGACCAUAUAGCUCGUGCCUUGCUUGACAGCGCCUCACAGCCGAAUCUCAUCACCGACCGUUUAGCUCGCAGGUUGCACCUACGGAGGGACCCUGUGAACAUUACUAUCCAGGGGGCUGGGAAUCUGUCGAAGAAUAUCCGAGAGUCAAUUUAUGCUCGGAUAAAAUCAAGAAAUGACAAGUUCGAAUGCGGCGUCGAAUUUUUGUUGAUGAACACCGUUACUGCAGAUCUUCCAGCGCAGGACAUCCCAGUGAAGGAAUGGCAGAUACCUGAGAACUUGGCGCUAGCAGAUCCAUCGUUCAACAAGUGUCAACAGAUCGACAUGGUUCUGGGUGCCAAGCAUUUUCACUCGUUCUUCCCUAGCACCGCUCGCCUUCAGCUGGCAGAAAAUCUUCCGAUUCUGGUGGAUAGCGUGUUCGGUUGGGUCGUCACGGGAUCCGUUUGCACGAUUAAUCCCGCCCAACAUCAAGCUACUCGCGUUGUUGCAGUUUCGACAAUGACCCUCGAAGAGAGCCUGGAGCGGUUUUGGAAAACCGAGGAACUGACCAUCGGUGACAAUUACUCCAUUGAAGAGCGCCACUGUGAAAAUUUCUACCAAGCUACAACGUCUAGGGAUGAAACGGGUCGCUAUGUCGUCCGAUUACCUCGAAAACCUGAUUUCAGCACGAUGCUAGGGGAGUCCAAAAACAGUGCUUUUCGACGAUAUGAGCAGCUUGAGCGACGAUUGAACCGAGAGCCGUUAUUGAAGGAAGAGUACAACAAGUUCAUGGAAGAGUACCUCUCCCUCGACCACAUGCGGCUGGUCGAGACGGACGACGGAACAAGCUCUCAAACCUACUACAUUCCACACCACCCUGUGAUAAAGGAAGAAAGUACGACCACCAAAGUUAGGGUGGUAUUCGACGGAUCGGCUCGUACUUCUUCCGGGUUUUCUUUAAACGAAGCCCUAUGUGUUGGCCCGGUGGUACAGGAGGACCUUCUUUCAAUUAUCCUAAGAUUUCUCACCUAUCCGGUGGCUCUCGUCGGAGACAUCACAAAAAUGUAUCGGCAAGUGCUUCAACAUCCAGACGACUAUCCUCUCCUGCGUAUUCUGUUCCGUUUCGACAAGACUACUCCCGUUCUAACAUAUGAACUGCGGACCGUAACUUAUGGGCUAGCGCCGUCUUCUUUUCUAGCCACCCGUACGCUCCAACAGCUCGCAAUUGACGAAGGUCACGCAUAUCCAUUGGCAGGUCCGUCGCUACGAAAAAACUUUUACGUUGAUGAUUUCAUUGGAGGAGCUAACACCGUCGAGGAAGCUACCCAACUUCGGAAGGAGCUCUCCGAACUGCUCAGCAGAGGAGGUUUUGAGCUGAGGAAGUGGACCUCGAACCGUCUGGAGGUACUUCAAGGCUUAAGAGACGAGCAAAUUGGAACGAAAUCAAGUUUGCAGUUCAACCCUAAUGAAACCAUCAAAACUCUUGGGAUCCGUUGGGAGCCAGAAACGGAUCAACUUCGCUUCGACUCGCAAAUACUACCACGUGAAGAUCCCUCCACGAAACGAUCGAUCUUGUCCGACAUCGCUAGGUUGUUCGAUCCUCUCGGUUUGAUUGCCCCAGUUGUUGUUCGAGCAAAGAUUCUCAUGCAGGAGUUGUGGUCGCUUGCCUGCGGCUGGGAUGAUCCGGUUCCAAACGCUAUUCUGGUGAAAUGGCAGCAGUUUCGGCACGAGCUACCAAAAAUCGCAGUCUACAGAGUUGACCGUUACGCAUUUCUUCCAGAGGCCACCGUGGAAUUGCACACCUUCGCUGACGCAUCUACAUCUGCGUAUGGAGCAUGUCUUUACGUUCGUUGCUCGAACGCCCUAGGAACCGUUAAAAUACGUCUACUGGCUUCUAAGAGCAGAGUUGCACCCCUGAAACGGUUAUCUAUCGCGCGAUUAGAGCUGUGUUCUUGCGUGUUAGCGGCACAUCUACACCAUCGUGUGAAGGAGUCCAUCGGCGUAAACGUGUCGGCAUCGUAUUUCUGGUCGGACUCAGCGGUAUGUCUGCACUGGCUUCGAGCGCCACCCAGCACAUGGAAGACCUUCGUCGCUAAUCGAGUCUCGGAAGUGCAACACUACACACACGAAGGAAGAUGGAACCACAUAUCCGGAACAGAGAAUCCCGCCGAUCUUGUCUCUCGUGGAAUGUCGAUCGAUGAUUUCAUAUGUAGCGAUGUUUGGAAACAUGGCCCAGCCUGGUUGGCACACCCGCAGGAAGCUUGGCCUAUCUCGAACACAUACACCGUCGUCGUUUCUGUCCAAACUACACCCAGCGUCAAUUCAUGGUUCCUUCGAUGGUCGUCGUACACCCGUUUGCUUCACGUCGUUGAUUACUGUCUCCGUUUUAUUGCCAAAAUUCAUGCUAAAACCCAACCAUCUGCAACAACCCACGAGAAUAACAUCAACCCAGGAAUACUUACUGUAGCAGAGCUUGCCUCUGCCAAUGCGCUUCUGAUCCGCUUUGCUCAACAAGAUGCGUUCAAGAAAGAAAUCAGAGAACUACAACGAGAAAAUUCGGUUUCGAAACAUUCAUCCACUUGGCGCCUUCGCCCUUUUCUGGACCCAGUGGGCAUUAUGCGAGUUGGAGGUCGGCUCAAUCUCUCUCAGCUACCCUACCAAUCGAAACAUCCUGCCCUCCUCCCCAAAAAUCAUCCAUUUUCACGGCUGAUUAGCGAAUAUUAUCACCGGAAACUUCUCCACGGCGGCGGGCGUCUUUUGCUGUCCGCAAUGCGUGAAGAUUACUGGCCACUCGAUGGCAGAAACCUGGUCAAAAGUAUAGUUAGGAACUGCUUUCGCUGCUCCCGCCACCGUCCUGUCCUUUUGCAGCAGCAAAUAGGCCAAUUGCCAGCUUCGAGGGUCCUCCAAAGUCGUCCAUUCUCGGUCACAGGAGUCGACUAUGCCGGUCCACUGUAUCUGAAACCGAUUCAUAAGCGUGCCUCCCCCGCAAAAGCUUACCUGGCAGUCUUUGUAUGUUUCGCCACCAAAGCUGUCCACUUAGAAUUGGUGGGAGAUUUGUCGACUCCAGGAUUUCUAGCCGCCCUGCGCAGAUUCAUAUCAAGACGGGGAAUCCCCGCCCACAUCCAAUCGGAUAAUGGCAAAAAUUUUGAGGGAGCGAAAGGAGAACUGAUAGAGUUAUUUGCCAGAUUUCGCAGUCAAAAGGAACAGGGAGAAAUAGCCUCCACAUGCGCCCAGAGUGGUAUAACGUGGCACUUGACACCUCCAAAGGCACCACACUUCGGUGGCCUUUGGGAAGCGGCAGUCAAAAUUGCCAAAAAACAUUUAUUUCGCCAAUUAGGAAACACUCGCCUUUCCUUUGAAGGCUAUUACACUGUAUUGAGCCAAAUUGAAAGCGCAAUGAACUCUCGUCCUCUGCUGCCCAUGUCCGACGACCCAAACGACCUAGCAGCGCUGACACCGGCACAUUUCCUCAUCGGAACAUCGUUCACCGCCCUGCCCGACCCAGACUACCAGCAUCAUCCAAUCAGCGCUCUCGGGAUGUAUCAAAAUUGGCAGCUGCUUGUCCAACGAUUCUGGAGCCACUGGAGAAAGGAGUACCUGCAGGAGAUGAUUCGAGACACGAAAUAUGCCGCCCGAAAUAAUGAAAUCCAACCCGGGCGCAUGGUGAUUCUCGCUGAUAAGUCGCUGCCAACAAUCCGUUGGCCACUUGGUCGUAUCGUCACCGUUCAUCCUGGAAAGGACAAUUUAAUACGCGUUGUUAGCCUACGAACCGCGAAGGGAAUCAUCACGCGGCCAAUCAACAAAAUAUGCCUCUUGCCGCAGCCAGACGAAGAUCGAAGAAACGAAGACUUACCUGGCCUGGUGCCGCAAUCCACGACAGUUUUUUGA